AUCGUCGCAGAUCAUCCUUAGUACUUCGCAGCCCACCUCGCCCUCGUCUUAGUUCGCCGGCGUAUGCCGCUCAAUCUCGCCGUCUCUCCACAGUCCAAAGUAAAAACUGGGAUCGGCAUAAGUAGCAGUUAAAUAUGAAAGCUUCAAGAUCCAGUCAACCUAAAUCUCCAGGAAAAGUACAUAGUGUGAGGAUUACACUUUCAUCCAGAGAUGUAAAGAAUCUUGAGAAAGUUUGUGCUGAUCUUGUGAAUGGAUCACAAAAUAAAAAAUUAAAAGUCAAUGGAGAUGAAGUGACUCCGGUGAAAUUUGUGCCCGUCAGCACCGAGGAUUCUCCUUCAACUGGCGGAUUUCACAUAAAAGAAGGACGGCCUAGCAAGAAGGGUUGUACCAAUUUCAGGUGGAGCCCAGCCAUGAGUCACUUCUUGCUCCCCUUCCUUGUACAGCAAGUGAGAUUGGGACGGAAGGUUAACAAGAGUUUUAAGAGGCAUGCCCUGUUGGCUGCAGCAAAAGCUGUCAGUGACAAAUUCAACCUGAUUUGCACUGACUCUAAUGUUGAAAAUCAUCUGCGAACAAUCAAGACUAGGUAUUUACAGAUAAAGAAGCUCAGAAGUCUGGGUAAUUCAACCUGGGUUGAGGAUGAAAAGAAAAUUGUCAUGGAUGCAAUAUCUUAUAACCAACACAUAGCGGCUCAUCCGAAGGAUGAACCAUUCAUAAACAAGACAAUUGAGAUGUACGAUGAGAUGGCUAUCAUCUGUGGUGAUGAGCCAGUUGCCCCUAGAAUAGUUGUCGGUGCUGAUCCUGUGUUCUCAGGAGAUGAUGUGAAUGUGAUUAUGGAUGAAAACAUUGAGACUGAGGAGGAAGCAGAGGAGACACACUCCCGGUCCCAACAAAUUUCAACAUCAUCAGAUUCAACAGGAAGAACAAGACAAUGUGAUCAAAGCAACAACCAUAUUGCAGAGAAGAUCGAUCUUCUUGCAUUCCAAAUAGGCCGGUUGGCCGACGCCAUAAGGACCAGCCAGAGAGGCAUUGCUUCUGAACUUUUCCAAGAAGUAAUGAAAUCUGAUGGUUACAAUGAGGCAUCACUUGGUAAAGCCUUCGACUAUCUUAAUGAGCAUGAACAUUUAGCAAGGGGAUUCCUCGCAAAAAACUAUCACUUGCGGCAAGCUUGGCUUGCUGAGUACUUCUCUGCAGCAGGAUAUCUAACGUGAACUGGGGAUUCCUGGGCUUCUCUUCUCCUCCUAUCGCUCCAUUGCUACUAGAUGUUGCUAGUUUCUUGAUUUAUGGUGAUAAAGGUAGAUGUAGUUUCAAAAGUCCUAAUAUCCGAAUAAUUUUCCCCACAUUAGUAAAAGCAGCAGUAUUGAAAUGUGAAUAUAUUUACUAAAAUUUUUUGUUUACUUAGCACUCAUGUCAAGAUUAUUUUUUAUUUGUGA